CCAAAAAGGAAGUUUCUCACUUUCUCUCUCUUUUUCUCCUCCAACACACUCAUAGGAAAAAAAAAGGGAAAGAGAAAGAAGAAGAAGCUAUGGACUUUCUCUCACUACACACUCACAACACAAAUGGAGAUUAGCAAAACUGAACCAAACCCACAUUACUAUUAUUAUUUUCAAUGGGCAAAGUAGAGGAUGAACAUCAAUUACCAAUAUCAACAGUAGGUGCAAAUGGUACAGAUCAAAAUGUAGAGAAUAAUAGUUGCCGCAGCAGAUUCAGUGGGUUUCUGAAGUUUAGAUGUGUAUUUGCUUUGCUGUUUGGUGGAGCUGUUUUGCUUUCUGCUAUAUUUUUGUUGCCUUUUUUUCACAGUGGAGAUCUUGGGGAUCUAGAUCUAGACCCCAAAUUUAGAGGUCAUGACAUAGUAGCCAGUUUCAUGCUUGAGAAGCCAGCUUCUUUGAUGGAGGAUUAUACCUUGCAACUUGAAGAUGAUAUUUUUGAUGAAAUAAGUGUUUCCAACACUAAAGUGGAAAUAAUAUCAUUAGAAAAUAUAACUGGAUCAAACAUAACAAGGGUUGUCUUCGCUGUUGAUUCUGAUGUGAAAAAUAUGAGGAUUUCUCCAACUGCUCUGAGUCUAGUCAGAUCCGAAUUUGAAACUGUAAUUACUCACCCAUCAUUUCUGCACCUGACGGCAUCUUUGUUCGGGGAUCCUUUUUCUUUCGAUGUGCUGAAACUCAGAGGAGGGAUAACAGUGAUCCCUAAACAAAUUGGAUUCCUCAUGCAGAAUGUGCAGAUCCGAUUCAACUUCACAUUGAACUCCUCCAUCGAUGAAAUUCAAGAUAAAUUUGAUGAAUUAACAAGCCAGCUGAAAUCAGGGGUACACCUUGCAUCAUACGAGAACUUGUAUAUCAAGUUGACUAAUACAAGAGGCUCGACGGUGAAUCCUCCCACUAUUGUUCAGUGUCAAGUUCUUUUAGCAGUUGGGAUAAAUCCUUCCAAUUCUAGGUUGAAGCAGUUGGCUCAGACCAUUGGUUCUAAUUCUAAAAACCUUGGCCUUAAUAACACCGUAUUUGGGAGGGUUAAACAAGUUAGCCUGUCUUCUAUUUUACAACAUUCUCUUGGUAGUCCUUCACCUUCUCCGGCUCCUCAACCUUAUCACCCCCAUCAACACCAUCACCACCACAGUCGCCACCACCACCGCCAAGGCUCGAAUGUUGCUCCCGCAAUUUCACCUGCUCCGAGGGCUGAGAAAAGGGGAUCAGUUAGCGGGAAAGUUUCACCAAUAUUGGCACCUGUGCCAUCGUCUGCACCAGUGGUUGCACCUGCCCCUAUACAUUCAACUCACAAAGGUCAUGUGGCGAAACCUCCUUGUCAUUUCGAGAGAUUCCCGAGGAAGGCGACUAGUCAUCCUCCCGUACUACCGCCUAUUAGACCACCAGUCCCUGCACCUCAUAUUGCUCCCUCUCCACCACAGAAAAUGCAUGCUCCAACACCAGUCCCGCAUGAAAUCUCUGCGUCGAGCCCAUUGCCCUCUGUUGUGUACGCUCACACUCAGCCUCCUCCAAUGACACCUUCAGUUGCAGAGCCUCCUCACAGAAUACCUUCAGGUUCAAAAUCCCCAUCUUCAUCUUCUACAGGGAGUUUUUCGUCAAACUUGUGGGCUCUCUCGCUGUUUCUACUUCUUGUACCACGUUUAUAGAAGCAGAAUGAAGGUUUUUUUCCUCUGGUGACGCUAAAAUCUGCUGCCAGUAUGAAAAUGAGUUCCACGUAUCAUUUCAUCUAGGCCGAAGAAAACUAAAUGGAGGAGCUUUGCGAAGUGGGAACAAUGCCAAAAGGGCAUCCCUCACACGCAAAUGAAUAUAUGUGGUUGUUUUGUGCUUGUAAAUACUGUAUCAAAGAUUCAGUACCGCGAUGCAUUUUCAGGUCAAAGUCACAGAGGUGACAGGCCUGUGAUGACAUGCAUUACCACUGUUAUGUAUGAUACCUCUUGCAUAAAUGUAAAGAGGUUAAAAAAAAGAGCAACCAACAAAUGUAUAACAAUGCCUUUUUGUUUCUAAUAUCUUCUGAGCCCGCUAAAUACUCCGAAGUUUAGCAUGUUUGGGGGAGAGUAGUACUAGGAUGGAUGACCUUCUUGGAAGUCCUCGUGUUGCAUCCCCCUUUGGUUUUAAAAAAAAAAAAAAAAAGGAAAUAAGAAACUUCCGAGCCCGUCAGGUACGAUUCCUAGUUAUGAACAAAACUUUAUUUA